AUGCCGCCCAAGUCCAAGAAGGCGCCCGCCGCAGCCAAGCCGGGCAAGCCCGCCAAGCGCGGCCCGCCCGCUGCCAUCCGCUACUAUCUGGUCCUCUUCAACUUUGUCUCGUUCUUCGGCUGGGUCAUUGUGCUCUCGACGCUCGUCAAGCACCUUGCGAUGGGCCCGCAGCCGUUCUCGCCGCCCGUCAAGUUCGCUGCCGACCUGCUCGCGCGCUUCCGCCUCGUCAAGAUCGGCAUCGUCAAGUCGUACUCGCACCUCUUCCCCGAGCCCAUCGCCGCGCUGCUCGAGCGCGCGUCCAACUCGCACACCUUUGUCGGCUCGGUCGUGGCGCUGGUCCAGUCGCUCGCCAUCCUCGAGGUGGUGCAUGCCGCCAUCGGCUGGGUGAGGAGCCCCGUCGCCACCACCGCCAUCCAGGUCGCCUCGCGCCUCUUCAUGGUGUGGGCCGUCUCGGAGCGUUACUCGCAGGCGUGGUCGAGCCCCUUCUACGCCUCCAUGGUGCUCGCCUGGGCCAUCACCGAGUGCAUCCGCUACCCAUUCUACGCCAACCAGCUGCUCGGCUCCGAAGGAUCCGGCCUUCUCUGGGCCCGAUACACCACCUUCUUCGUGCUCUACCCGAUCGGAGCUGCGUCCGAGGCCAUGUGCAUCCUCGCCACGCUUCCCAACAGCCUGCCCACAACCAAGCCGGGCGCGUGGGACCUGCGCGCCUACGUGUAUGCCGGCCUCUUUGUCAUCUGGUGGCCUGGUCUCUACGUCAUGUACACGUACAUGAUCAAGCAGCGCCGUAAGACCAUCGGUAAGGGCUUCUGGGGUGACAAGCUGGUCCAGCAGAUUGCCGACAAGAAGCAGCAGUAA